UGCGCGUCCCGCACGGGCUACUCUCGGGUCGGAGCUGCCCCGGAGCGGGUGAACCGAGCGGCCUCGGGGAAGGGGUGCGGCCGGACCCUCGCCAGAAGCAGGCGCGCUGGGUGCGGCCUCCGUGCCCACCGCGGCGGAGGAAGAUGGUGUUCGAGUCGGUGGUCGUGGAUGUGUUGAACCGGUUCUUGGGGGACUAUGUGGUGAACCUGGACACGUCCCAGCUCACUCUGGGCAUCUGGGGAGGAGCUGUGGUCUUGAAGAACCUUGAAAUUAAAGAAAAUGCCCUGAGUCAACUGGAUGUACCAUUUAAAAUUAAAGUUGGUUAUAUAGGUAACCUUAAUCUUAAAAUUCCAUGGAAAAACCUUUAUACUCAACCAGUUGUAGCUGUACUGGAAAACAUUUAUUUACUCAUAGUGCCUUCUUCUAUAAUAAAAUAUGAUUCUUUAAAAGAAGAAAAGCAACUUUUGGAAGCAAAGCAGCAGGAACUAAAAAGAAUAGAAGAAGCCAAACAAAAAGUAGCUAAUCAAGAAAAACUCCUGGUGGAGAAACAAGACACUUUUACAGAAAAAUUAAUUACUCAGAUCAUAAAGAAUCUUCAAGUGAAAAUUUCCAACAUUCAUAUUCGUUAUGAAGAUGAUAUCACAAAUCAAGAAAACCCACUGUCAUUUGGUAUUUCUCUUCAAAAUCUCAGCAUGCAGACAACUGAUCAAAACUGGGCUCCAUGUUUGCAUGAUGAAACUGAGAAACUAUUUCGUAAGUUAAUCCGAUUGGAUAACCUUUUUGCUUAUUGGAAUGUGAAGUCUCGGAUGUUUUAUCUUACUAGUUAUGAUGAUUCAUUGGACAGCUUGAGGAAUGGCAUUGUUGAUGAAAAUAUUGUUCCAGAAGGUUAUGAUUUUGUAUUUCGCCCCAUAUCUGCUAAAGCCAAACUUCAGAUGAAUCGCCGAUCUGAUUUUGACUUUUCUGCCCCCAAGAUAAAAUUGGAUGUUGAAUUACAUGACAUAGCGAUUGAAUUUAAUAAACCACAGUAUUUCAGUCUUAUGGAGCUUCUUGAAUCAGUUGAUAUGAUGACGCAAAAUCUGCCAUAUAGGAAAUUCAAACCUGAUGUACCUGUUCACGGCCAUGCCAGAGAAUGGUGGGCUUAUGCUAUACAUGGUAUUCUUGAAGUAAAUGUUUGCCCCCACUUACGGAUGUGGUCAUGGAAACAUAUUAGCGAUCAUCGGCAACAAAUGAAGCAAUAUAAAGAACUCUAUAAGAAAAAACUAAUAAAUAAGAAGCCACCUGUUGAACUUCUCAGCUGUUUGGAGGAGUUGGAGAAGACUCUGGAUGUAUUUAAUAUAACUAUAGUGAGACAACAGGCAGAAGUUGAGGUAAAGAAAGCUGGAUACAGGAUAUACAAAGAAGGAACAAAAGAUUCAGAGGAAAAUAAAGGAUGGUUUAACUGGUUGUGGAAUUGGUCAGAACCAAAAACUAAAGAACAGCAGCCCGAUGUUAAACCCGGAAGUCUUGAAGAAAUCUUGACACCUGAAGAAAAAACUUUACUCUAUGAAGCAAUUGGCUAUAGUGAAACAGCAGUUGACCCAACCUUGCCAAAAUCAUUUGAAGCCAUGAAGUUGUACAUGCACUUGAAAAGUAUGUCUAUUGUUCUAAGAGAAGAACAACAAAAACGUGAGCUGUUAAAUAUUGUAGUAGAAGAAUUUAGCACUUGGGUUGUACAAAGACCAGGAGCACAAGCAAUAAAAUUUGAGACCAGAAUAGAUUCCUUUCAUGUUACUGGCCUACCAGAUAAUUCAACAAAACCCCGCCUCCUGUCCUCAUUGGAUAAUGCUGCAUCACUUUUCCAGAUUACAUUUGAGACAAAUCCAUUAGAUGAAACUGUUGCUCAAAGGUGUAUCAUAGAAGCUGAACCUUUAGAAAUAAUAUAUGAUGCAAGAACAGUGAAUAGUAUAGUGGAAUUCUUCAGACCUCCGAAAGAGGUAAAUCUAGCACAGCUCACUUCAGCGACUUUGACAAAACUUGAAGAAUUUCGUGAUAAGACAGCAACAGGUCUACUGUAUAUUAUUGAAACACAGAAAGUUCUUGAUCUCAGAAUUAAUUUGAAAGCUUCAUAUGUUAUUAUCCCACAAGAUGGAAUUUUCAGCCCUACGUCAAAUCUGCUUCUUUUGGAUCUUGGUCAUUUAAAGGUGACAAGCAAAAGUCGUUCACAAUUACCAGAUAUGAAACAAGGUGGGGCCAGACUUGAAGAGAUAAUGCGUAGAGCUUAUGAUUCCUUUGAUAUUCACCUUACAAGCAUUCAGCUGCUUUACAGCAGAGUUGGUGAUAAUUGGAAAGAAGCACGAAAACUCAAUGUGUCUACACAGCAUGUUUUGGUACCUUUGCACUUCAAUGUGGAAUUCUCUAAGGCCAUGGUUUUCAUGGAUAUAAGGAUGCCUAAAUUCAAGAUUUUUGGAAAGUUACCACUGAUUUCUUUGCGAAUCUCAGAUAAAAAACUGCAAGGAAUUUUGGAAUUGAUUGAAAGCAUUCCAAAACCCACACCUGCAACUGAAGUACAUGCCCCUGUCAAGCCAUUUCAGAUGCAAAGGUCCACUUCUUUGGGAGCACCACAGAUUUCACAGAAAGUGAUUCCUCUCUUGGAACUUGCAGGUGUUGAAUAUGAGUCAGAGGAGGAAUUUUAUGAUGCGCCAUGUAGUCCCGUGGAAGAAUAUUUUCAGUCAACAGGUAGCAUUAAAAGUUAUCAACAAAAUAGGAUUCCAGAGCUGGAUUGUUCAAAAAAUAUGAUUCAGUAUAAAAUAAGAUUUGAAGUGCCAGAGGUAUCGAUUCAAUUUUAUCACCUUGUUGAAGAUUGUGAACUACCUGUGGUAGAAAUUGUUGUCUUAGGAUUGGGCACGGAAGUAGAACUUCGAACAUUUGAUUUGAAAGCCAAUGCCUUUUUGAAAGAAUUCUGCUUAAAAUGCCCAGAAUACUUGGAUGUAAACGAAAAGCCAGUUUAUUUGAUUACAACACUAGAUAACACAAUGGAAGAUCUGUUAACACUGGAGUAUGUGAAGGCUGAAAAGAAUGUACCCAACUUGAGAAGUUCCUUUAAUAAUGUUGAACAACUGAUUAAGGUGAAUUUUUCCUCUUUGGAUAUUCAUUUGCAUACGGAAGCACUUCUGAAUACAAUAAACUAUUUUAAUAAUUUCAUUCCACAAUUGGAGGAAAAGUCAGCCUCGGUGCAUGUUGCGGAGACAGAAGACAAAGGAGAGGUCAUUAAAAAAAUAGCUUCAAGACGAUACAGGCAUGAAGAUAUUACCUUGCAGAUCUUAGCAGAAUUAUCAUGUUUACAGAUCUUUAUUCAAGAUCAGAAACAUAACAUUGCUGAAAUUAAGAUUGAAGGGCUUGAUUCUGAGAUAAUUAUGAGGCCUUCAGUAACUGAAGUAAAUGCAAAGCUAAGAAAUAUAAUUGUUUUGGAUUCUGAUAUAACAGCUGUAUAUAAAAAGGCUGUUUAUAUCACUGGAAAAGAAGUUUUCAGCUUCAAAAUCCUUUCUUAUGUGAAUGCAACUUCAAAAUCCUUUCUUAUGUGAAUGCAACUGCUGAUUCCGCAUACACAGAUAUGAGUGUGGUUGACAUAAUUUUUAUAUUCUAUAUUGGCUUUCAUAGAUAAUUUUCAAGCAGUUAAAGAAGCCUUGGCUGAGGCAACUGUCCAGGCAGCAGGAAUGGCUGCUACUGGUGUAAAAGAACUGGCACAAAGGAGUUCUAGAAUGGCAUUAGAUGUUAACAUCAAAGCCCCAGUUGUGGUCAUCCCACAGUCUCCAGUUUCUGAAAAUGUCCUUGUUGCUGAUUUUGGACUAAUUACAAUGACCAAUACAUUCCAUAUGAUAACAGAGAGCCAGUGCAAUCCCCCACCCAUUAUUGAUUUGAUUACAAUAAAGCUGAGUGAAAUGCGACUAUACAGGUCUCAAUAUAGUAAUGAUGCAUACCAGGAAGUACUGGAUAUACUACUGCCAUUAAAUCUUGAGGUGAUUGUUGAGCGAAAUUUAGCCUGGGAGUGGUUCCAGGAAGUUCCUUGUUUUAAUAUAAAUGCUCAACUAAAGCCUAUGGAGUUCAUUCUUAGUCAAGAAGAUAUAACAACUAUCUUUAAAACAUUAUAUGGUAAUAUAUGGUAUGAAGGAGGUGGCAGUGUCCCACCAGCAGGAGUGAAAGAUCAGAGUAGUGUUACUGGUGGAGGCACUAACACUUCACAUCAUUCAGGAGGAACAACUGUAGUGACAGCUGCUGUGGUAGAAGUACAUUCAUGUGCCGCUCAAGUUAAGACAACACUAAAUAUGAGUUUCAAAACUGAUUAUCUCACCAUGAUACUGUAUAGUCCAGGUCCUGAACAGGUUUCCUUUACAGAUGUUCGUGAUCCUUCUCUGACACUUGCUGAAUUUAAAUUGGAGAAUAUAAUAAGUACUUUAAAAAUGUAUACAGAUGACUCAAUAUUUUCUGCCUUCUCAUUAAAAAAUUGUAUUUUAGAUGAUAAAAGGCCUCAUGUCAAGAAGGCAACUCCUAGAAUGAUAGGACUGACAGUUGGAUUUGACAAAAAAGAUAUGAUGGAUGUAAAGUAUAAGAAAAUCAGAGAUGGUUGGAUGUCUGAUGUAGUCCUUCAAGAAACAUAUAUUUGUGCAAGUGUAGAAUUUCUUCUGACAGUUGCAAAUGUAUUUCUUGAAGCCUACACCGCAGGCACUGCUGUAGAAACCAAUGUUCAAGCAUGGGCUGCUAAGGAAGAAGUACCUGCACAGAUACAAGAAAAGUGGGAAGUGAAUAUUCUUAUUAAAAAUCCUGAAAUUGUGUUUGUGGCUGAUAUGACAAGAAAUGAUGCUCCUGCCUUAGUCAUUACAACACAAUGUGAAAUUUGUUGCAAGGGUGACCUUGAAAACAAUACAAUGACUGCUGCUAUUAAAGAUCUCCAAAUGAGAGCAUGCCCAUUUCUUCCUGACAAGAGAAAAGACAGAAUCACUACUGUUUUGCAGCCCUGUGACGUGUUCUAUCAAGCUACUCAGACAGGCAGAGAUCCACAAGUGAUUGAUAUAUCACUAAAAUCACUGACACUAAAGGUUUCACCAGUUAUCAUAAAUACUGUGAUUACCGUAACUGCAGCACUUUAUACAACUAAGGAAACCAUCCCACAAGAAACUGCUUCUUCUACAGCACAUUUAUGGGAAAAGAAGGAUACAAAGACUUUAAAAAUGUGGUUUCUUGAAGAACCAAAUGAAGUGAAAAACAUAGCUCCCACAACUGAAUUGGUACCCAAAGGAGAGAUAAUAAAAAUGAACAUUGAUUCUAUUUUUAUAGUUCUUGAGGCUGGGGUUGGUCAUAGAACAGUGCCUAUGCUUUUGGCAAAAUCAUGUUUUUCAGGGGAAGGCAAAAACUGGAGUUCCCUCAUAAAUCUCCACUGUCAGCUUGAGCUAGAAGUGCAUUAUUACAAUGAAAUGUUUGGUGUAUGGGAACCUUUGCUCGAACCUUUAGAAAUUGACCAGACUGAGGAAUUUAGACCAUGGAAUCUUGGAAUCAAGAUGAAAAAGAAAGCAAAAAAGGCUAUUGUUGAGGCAGAUACUGAAGAAGAUUACAGAGUGCCAGAAUAUAAAACUGUCAUCAGUUUCUAUUCAAAAGACCAACUAAACAUUACAUUAUCCAAAUGUGGUCUUGUAAUGUUAAAUAAUUUAGUCAAGGCAUUUACAGAAGCUGCCACUGGAUCUUCAACUGUCUUCAUGAGGGAUCUAGCGCCAUUUAUGAUUUUAAAUUCUCUUGGACUUACCAUCUCUGUUUCACCAAGUGAUUCUUUUAGUGUGCUCAACGUUCCAGUGGCAAAGUCAUAUAUAUUGAAAAAUGAGGAAAGUUUAAGUAUGGAUUAUGUCCGAACAAAAGACAAUGAUCAUUUCAAUGCAAUGACCAGCCUAAGCAGCAAACUUUUCUUCAUUCUUCUUACACCUGCUAACCACUCUACUGCUGAUAAAAUUCCCUUAACAAAAGUGGGACGACGACUGUACACUGUAAGGCACAGAGAAUCUGGAGUUGAAAGAUCUAUUGUUUGUCAAAUUGACACAGUGGAAGGAAAUAAGAAAGUAACAGUUCGCUCCCCAGUGCAGAUUAGAAAUCAUUUCUCAAUCCCACUUUCUGUUUAUGAAGGGAAUACUUUAUUGGGAAUGGCUUCACCUGGAAAUGAAUUUAACAUACCAUUAGCAUCUUACCGAUCACUCCUUUUUCUGAAGCCAGAAGAUGAGGACUAUCAAAUGUGUGAAGCAAUUGACUUUGAAGAAAUUAUAAAAAAUGAAGGCUCUUCUCUAAAGAGGCAAUGUAGUCCUAUAAACUCGUCUAAGAAACCAUUUAUUAUUAAUAUUGUCCCAGAAAAAGAUAAUUUGACAUCUCUGUCAGUAUAUUCAGAAGAUGGUUGGGACUUACCAUACAUAAUGCAUUUGUGGCCACCUAUCCUACUCCGAAAUCUUCUUCCUUACAAAAUUGUUUAUUAUAUACAGGGGAAUGAACAUAGAGUUUUUACUCUAAAUGAAGGCUCUUCUGCCCAUAUUUGUACCGUACAAUUGGAUAAAGCAAUACUACAUUUAAAAUUACUUGACUAUCUUAAUCAAGAUUGGAAAAGUGAAUAUCAUAUAAAACCUAAUCAACAAGAUAUUAGUUUCAUCAAUUUUACCUGUGUUACAGAAAUGGAAAAGAAUGAUUUAGAUAUUGCUAUCCAUGUGACUUAUAAUCCUGGCCAGACAGUUGUGGCAUUUCAUAGCCCUUACUGGAUGGUCAAUAAAACUGGUCGAAUGUUACAGUAUAAAGCAGAUGGAAUUCAUCGAAAGCAUCCACCUAAUUAUAAAAUGCCAGUUCUCUUUUCUUUUCAGCCAAAGCACUUUUUUAAUAACAAUAAGGUUCAGCUUAUGGUAACUGAUAGUGAGUUGUCAGAUCAGUUUUCAAUUGAUACUGUUGGUAGUCAUGGAGCUGUUAAAUGUAAAGGCAUGAAAAUGGAGUAUCAAGUUGGUGUCAUUAUAGACCUCAGCAGUUUUAACAUUACCAGAAUUGUGACAUUUACCCCUUUUUAUAUGAUCGAAAACAAAAGCAAGUAUCAUAUAUCAGUGGCUGAAGAGGGGAGUGAUAAAUGGCUCUCUCUCGAUUUGGAGCAGUGUAUUCCCUUUUGGCCUGAGGAUGCUUCAAAUAAACUUCUUAUUCAAGUUGAAAGAAGUAGAGGCCCUCCCCAAAAGAUACAUUUUAACAAGCAAGAAAAUUGUAUUUUAUUGCGUCUGGAUAAUGAGCUUGGCGGUAUUAUAGCAGAAGUUAAUUUGGCUGAGCAUUCUACAGUUAUUACAUUUUCAGAUUAUCAUGAUGGAGCAGCUACAUUCCUAUUAAUAAAUCACACUAAGAAUGACAUUAUUGAAUAUAAGCAAAGUUCUCUCAGUGAAAUAGAAGACUCUCUCCCUCCUGGAAAAGCAGUAUUUUAUACAUGGGCCGAUCCAGUGGGCUCUAGAAAGCUGAAGUGGAGUUGUGGGAAAAGCCACGGUGAAGUAACACAAAAAGAUGAUAUGAUGACACCUAUAAAUUUGGGGACAAAGACUAUUUAUUUAGUUUCAUUUUUUGAAGGCUUACAACGCAUUAUUUUAUUCACUGAAGAUCCAAAGGUAUUUAAAGUGACAUAUGAAAAUGAGAAAGCAGAAUUAGCAGAGCAAGAAAUUGUGUUGGCAUUACAAGAUGUUGGACUUUCUCUCGUCAACAAUUACACAAAGCAAGAAGUAGCCUAUAUUGGCAUUACAAGUUCUGAUGUGGUUUGGGAGACAAAACCCAAGAAGAAGGCAAGAUGGAAGCCAAUGAGUAUAAAGCACACUGAGAAGUUAGAGAAAGAAUUUAAGGAAUAUAUUGAAUCUUCACCUUCAGAAGAUAAGGUUAUUGAGUUGGACACUAAUAUUCCGGUUCGCUUUACACCUAGUGGCAAUAACAUGAAAAUUCUGCAACCACAUAUAAUAGCUAUACGAAGAAAUUAUCUGCCAGCAUUAAACGUGGAAUAUAACACAUCUGCACAUCAAUCAUCAUUUAGAAUUCAAAUUUAUAGAAUACAGAUCCAAAACCAGAUACAUGGUGCUGUAUUUCCAUUUGUAUUUUAUCCUAUUAAGCCUCCCAAGUCAGUCACCAUGGAUUCAGCACCCAAGCCCUUUACAGAUGUCAGUAUUGUCAUGAGAUCUGCAGGGCAUUCCCAGAUAUCACGUAUUAAAUACUUCAAAGUGUUGAUCCAAGAAAUGGAUCUCAGGUUAGAUCUUGGGUUUGUCUAUGCAUUAGCAGAACUUAUGACAGAAGCUGAAGUAACUGAAAAAACGGAGGUUGAACUUUUUCAUAAAGAUAUAGAAGUUUUCCAAGAAGAAUAUAAAACAGUUUCAUUAGUAGAUUCAUCACAAGUCAGUCUCUAUGAGUAUUUUCAUAUAUCUCCUAUCAAGUUGCAUUUAAGUGUUUCACUGAGUUCGGGUAAAGAAGCAGCUAAAGACUCAGAACAGCAUGAAGGAUUCAUUGCAAUUAGUUCUUUAAAUCUCUUGCUGAAGAGUAUUGGCGCCACUCUUACAGAUGUACAAGAUGUAGUUUUUAAGCUUGCAUUUUUUGAACUCAACUAUCAGUUUCAUACAACAUCUGAACUGCAGUCUGAAGUAGUAAGACACUAUUCAAAACAGGCCAUUAGACAAAUGUAUGUACUCAUUCUUGGACUUGAAGUUUUGGGAAAUCCCUUUGGCUUGAUUAGAGAAUUUUCUGAAGGUGUAGAAGCAUUUUUCUAUGAACCUUACCAGGGAGCCAUCCAGGGUCCUGAAGAGUUUGUGGAAGGAAUGGCACUAGGAUUGAAGGCAUUAGUUGGGGGAGCUGUUGGUGGAUUAGCUGGUGCUGCCUCCAAAAUCACCAGUGCUAUGGCUAAAGGGGUAGCAGCUAUAACUAUGGAUGAAGACUACCAACAGAAGAGGAGAGAAGCCAUGAACAAGCAACCGGCUGGUCUUAGAGAAGGCAUCACUCGAGGAGGAAAAGGCUUAGUUUCUGGUUUUGUAAGUGGCAUAACAGGAAUUGUUACAAAGCCAAUCAAAGGAGCUCAAAAAGAAGGAGCAGCUGGUUUCUUUAAAGGUGUUGGGAAAGGUUUAGUUGGAGCAGUGGCAAGACCAACUGGAGGCAUCAUAGACAUGGCUAGCAGUACAUUUCAGGGAAUAAAAAGGGCUACAGAGACUUCUGAUGAAGUGGAGAGUCUGCGGCCCCCUCGGUUCUUUAAUGAAGAUGGAGUUAUAAGACCUUACAGGUUGAGGGAUGGUACUGGAAAUCAGAUGUUGCAGGUAAUAGAAAAUGGAAGAUUUGCAAAAUACAAAUAUUUUACCCAUGUCAUGAUCAAUAAAACAGAUAUGUUAAUGAUAACCAAAAGUGGGGUAUUGUUUGUAACAAAAGGAACAUUUGGACAGCUUACAUGUGAGUGGCAGUACAGUUUUGAUGAGUUUACCAAAGAACCAUUCAUUGUUCAUGGAAGAAGAUUGCGAAUUGAAGCAAAGGAACGGGUGAAGUCUGUAUUCCAUGCCAAAGAGUUUGGAAAAAUAAUUAACUUCAAGACCGCAGAAGAUGCUAGGUGGAUCCUCACAAAGCUAGAAGAAGCAAGAGAGCCUUCCCCGACCCUCUGAUGGAGAACACUGCCAGAAGACACACUGAUUAAUCCUUACAGCUUCUACCGUGUACCUUCCUAAACCUGUUUGGGAACCAUAGUACAGAAGUAAUUUUAAGUACAUAAAAUAUAUAUGUGUGUGUAUUAGUUAGAAUCAGGUAAAACAGCUAUGUGAUUAAAAUAUUUCAACUCCUCUGGUUUUCUAACUUGAAUCAUGCAUUGGGUUAAAAUUCUAAUUAUUUUAUAAGAGAAACAUUUUUUAAAUAUUUGCUCCAGGUGAUUCUCUGCACUGGUGGAGAAAUUGCCCAUAAUUAGCCUUCAUAUGAAGCUAAGAUUAAUGUUCCGAGUUUACACUUUAAACUUCUCUCAUGCUUACUUCCAACUCUCUGAAUAAGUGAUCAAAUCAAACAUUGCCUCAGUGGUAUCAAGAGAACUUUAGUGGUGAUUUCUUUAGAAACAUGUAGUUCUUUUUACAGAUAAAUAUUUUGAUAUUAUUUUCCUUAUUUUUAUAAAGGAUGGGUUUGAACUGUACUUCAAAUAUACAGCAUGAAUAUAAAAACAAUCUUUUUAUAUAUAAUACAGAUUGAAUAAUAUCCUUUCAAGCCUCAUCUUAAGAAAGGCUUGUAAAAUGAAUGUCAUAACUCAAAAGAGAAAGCCCUCCUCAGAACUCUGAUGCCUUAGAAAUAGUUCCUCAAGCCAUCUCCAUGGGAUCUACUUGGUUUACCCAGCUCACAUUUUUGAUAGAUUGCCACUUUAAAGGAAAAUUCCUGAAGCCUUAACAAUGCCCACUCUACUCACUGGUAAUGAUGAAAUAAACAAAAUUCCCACCAUCUUAAAUAGGAGUUAUGCUUCAGACCAGAUAACCCCUCUCACAAUAUAGGUAUGCACCCUACAGUCUAACCCAGGAACCUGUCCUGUUGGUAACAGAUUGAAAAUUUACAGUUUGCUUUCUCUAUAGUUAUUCAAAUGAGAAUCAUUCUUUCAAAUGUAUAGCUCAUCAGAACAAAAAUCAUUAGUAAAAAUAAGGUCAUGGGUUUUUUCCCUUGGUUUUUGUUCAAACACCUUAAUAUGAAUGGGCUUUCUCAAGUGAAAGAAGAUGAGUGUGUGAUUGUGAACCAUGAAAAGAAUGAUACAGCAUCUUAUUUAGUUAUUAAAUAAUACAGAGUAUUUGAUGCAUGUUGUAUGUGCCAUGAAAUUGUUAUAAACUGUUUUUUGGAUUAGAGACUUGUGAAAUGCUCCUAAGGCUCCUCAAACCCUUUGCUUUGUUGUAAAAGCUAAAAUAAACAGCAUGCCAGACCGUAAUUAUAUGUAUUCCUGACCAAAUCCUACGACUCACUACUAUUGAUUUUCCUCUUAUUAUAAAAAUGCAUUGUUUAUUAUCAAUAGUUUCCUCCAGAAUGUAUUUUUUUUCUUUGCUGAACAUAAAUUGAAUCGAAAGAUGACAAAUUUCAAGUCACCUGAUACUGUGUGAUCCCUUGAUGGCACAUUUUCUCUGUUGCUGAGCUCUUCCGAUUCUGCAGACAUUAGAAUUAAAUCUGAGAGCAGAGGUAGUCAGAAAAUCCAGCAGGUUGUCCUCCUCCGCAGUGUUGCUCUCCCGGAGUUCCAUUCAGUGCCAUUAGCCAAGUACCUCAUUACCUACUCCAGUUUCAUGAUUUUAUUCUCAGAAAAAAAAAUGCAGGCCCAUAACUCCUUGGUUGGCCCAUGAUAAAGGGCAAGAGCCUGAAAGACUAGCAGAGAGAGUCUUCUGGUGCCCUCAGGAGGCCAGCAGGAGUGGGUCCUGUAACUGUCACCCUUUGCAGAGCCAGUACGCCUCUUCUGUUCCCUCACCAAGAGGAACCUCCAAAUGUCUUUUCUUACUCUUUCUCACCAGUCCUCUACCUGUCAGUACCUCCUGUCCCUUCUUCUGUUCCUAAAGUAGAAAGACCUACAAUGUCAAGUGCAGUAGUUUUUCAAUUGUCUUAGGUUGUUCUCAUUGAAACAGUAGAUCUGAUGCAUCGUCUUUUUAGCGUUAACACUUUACAAUUAUGUAUUUGAUUCUAUAUUCUUUUUCUUGAAUGUUACAGAGUCUAUAAUCUUAUUAUAUUUGAAAACAGUGCCCUGAAUUAUACUUUACUACACUUAAUGUCUUUCUAUUUGAAAACUUUAACCUUGUUGUUCGGUAGUUUGAGUUCUUUAAGCUUGUUGAGAAUGUUAAGCUUGUUGUUUAGUAGUUGCUAUGGAAUGAGGUCCUGAGUUUUAAGUCAGUUCUUUCUUUGUAUUAUGUAUCAGCUGUGGCUCCAGGACCUCAAUGCUAGUCCAGCGUAUAUUCUGGUCCAUGAUUGUUGUGUAAAACCCAAGGCAGAGUUCGGUUUCCUGACAACUCUUCUCCAGAAAGCUGUGAUUAUUAGAAAUAGCAAUGUUGAUUUCUGGUACAAAAAGAAGCUUGUGAUUUCCUCACUUCUAUAAAAUACUUUCUGAACCAAAGAACAUGUGCACGUCUCCAAAGGCUCCCCUAUUACAGUGUGAAUGUCAGCUGCUCCUUCCCAAGUGAGACUGGGUGGUUUUUCCCAUCAUCUGUAUAUACAGCUGAGUUACUUUCUGGUCCCUUCCCUGGCCCUUUUCUCCUCUACAGUCCUAAUCCAUUCCAACUAUCCUGUGGCCUCAAAUUAGUAAGAAAUUUUUUUUAACUUUUUCUAUCAUAAUUAUUUCUCUCAUUUUUUUCUGAUGGGAGUAGCGGUGAUAUCCCAGUGAACACAUAUGCACCCAUGGAAAUAUCCUCUACAGAGUGUCCUAUUUCUGUCUGGUAAACAAUGAGGAGACACAGUACUGACUUUUCUGCACCUUAGUUAUCCAGUCGUUCAUUGACCCUUCAGGCCAAGCCAGAGCCCCUGUACAAGGAAGACUGGGAGAAGGUACUGGGUCAGUUUGCCGGUAGAAGUUGGAAGGUAUGUGCUGACACCAUGAAAGUGGAAGUAGCCAUGUAGGACGGGUGUUUUGUGUGCCAGCCAACACCAUUCAGAGAAAUCUGUUCAGGUUCCAGGGCCAUUACUUUUUACCUUUUCUCAAGAUCAACCAACAUCCUCAAGGGCACUGUUUUUCAAACUAUAAGUCUUGACCCAUUAGUGGUCCAUGAAAUCAAUUUAACAGCUCAAGCCCUGAAUAUUUCAAAAGUGGAAUAGAAAAGAAGAGAGCUGUGCAUGGAGCAAGAUCAAACAUUGUUCCCAAAAUAUUGUUAUGGUUAAAUACUCUAUAUACUGUGUAUACUAGGUCACAAUAUAAAAUGUUAUUUCCUAUUGUGAAUUGCAGUUUAAAGAAACACAAAACUAAAACAAAAAUGAAAACCUUGAGGCCAUUGCAAGUGGAAGUGCAGGCUGGCCAGUGAUUGUUGAAACAUUCAGACUGUGUGGAGCCUGACCUCAGAUAGGCUCAGAGAGCCACAACUCAGGGAGUCUGCAGAUUGUGAGCGCUCUUGAUCUCUAGAGUGAGAAGAUGGGAUAGCUCUUCUUUUGGUUUGUAAAAUGUUUUCCUUUCAUGGUGUGUAAAACCAGGCAUCAGUGGGACCAGAAAAAGCAUAGAAAAGUUCAAUCCACAGACAGUGCCCUAAAAGGCCACAGGAUAUUAACUUGAUGCAUUUCAGCCUGUCUCCUACUAAGCAUUUUACUGGGAGUGGAGACAGAGGUUCUCCUUUGAAUUUGCUUCAUCUACCUUCUCUCGGAUUCAUCAUACAGGUAGCAAAGGCCCUUAAAAAUAGGGAGCUAGUACAUAGGUUACAUUCUUCCGGGGCCAAACUGCUCAUUCAUUGGAGGGUGCUAUAAAAAUGCCAAUGCAAUUUAGCUAAAAAUAAUUAGAUUUCCUCAUUUCUGUGGGAUUCAAGUAGGAAAUGUAGAUAACCUGCAUUCCUUAUGCAGUAUUCAAUACACAAUUUAUUCAUCCUGAUUUUCUUCGGUGCUACCCUGUUUAUCACUUAAAGCUCCUUUCCAUAUUCUUAAGGGAAGCAUUUGCCCUCUUGGCCACACCUUUGAAAUGAUGCCUUCCUGCUAAUGCUAACCUAAUCAAGUGGGCAUUAAUCUGUUAAAUUUUUUAUGGUUCUUGUUAUCUACAUUUUUGAUAAUUGGCUGUUAGUGCAGCUAUUAGUGCAGACUUUCCCCCCAUGCUUUUCUGCCACAAUUGGUAUAAAGUAGUACUUGUUUCAGGGCUCUCCUUCAAGCAGCUCAGCACACGUACUGAGAAGAUACUGGGUCUUAUGUGAUUUGUUACUUGCCCUUGAGUUGGCUCUGACUCCUGGCGACUCUGAAUGAGUGAUGUCCACAGUGUCCUGUCCUCAGCAGCCCUGCUCAGCUCCUGUAGACUCCUGCCUAUGGCUUCUUUUGUGCAGUCAAUCCACCUACUUGUUCUUCCUCUUUUCCUGCUGCCUUCUGUUUUUCCCAGCAUCAUUGUUUUUUCCAAAGUAUCCUGCCUUCUCAUGAUGUGCCCAAAGUAGGACAGUCCUACACUAUUACAAACCUCCUUCAUGUUUCUUUACUUGAAACAAUUUUUACUUUAUUGCCUCCUUUGUAAAGUAAAUUGUUCUAUAUUGUUUUUUUAAAGUUUUACUUUAGAAUUACAGAUUCGUUCUUUUUUAAAAAGCAUUAUGACAUUUUCCAAAAAAGAUAAUUUUGGUUACCCGAAGAGCUAUAUGAGAGGUGUAACUUCAAAUUUUAUCGAUUGAUAGGAGUGUGUUUAAAUUCUUUUUACUUUAUACAAAUACAAAUUAUAUUAUAGUUUAACACCUGCUAUGAUAGACUUCUGUCAACCUGUCACUGAGCACCAUUCAUUUAGUAUUGCUCUGCUCCCUUAAUAAUGUGUUUCUCCUAAGGGUGUCCUUGCAACAAGAAACCCUGUGUGAGUGAUAUAAUAAAAAGUCUAAUCAUAACUGUACUUAAAAUAGAACAUGUUGGAAAACCCCAACAUUUCUUAAUAUGCUAUCAUACCACCAGCAUCCCAUUGGCUACCCCAAGGUUACCAAUUUGGGGACUGAAAAACAUCCAAGUGAAAAUGUAGAUGACAUUGAAAUGUUCUCACUGGCAAUAAUUUCAUAUCCAUACUCACAAACUAUCAGAAAUUAUAUCUGGGGCUUGUUGCAAGGUCAGAUAGAUUGUCACAGACUUUUUUAAAUAGUCAUAUCUGGAUGUAAAUAUGUAUAUUACAUAUAAAAAUGAAUUUUUCAGGGAAUGUGCACUUUAAAACUUUCUUAUUAAUUUUUGUAUUAAUCAAAUAGUGCUUCUUUGGAAUGCUUAUUCUUUGGUAAAAAUACAGUCAUUGAUGAUGAUAAUUUGUUUAUUAAAUGGCUAUUUCUGUAUCUGCAGUAUUUCCUUCACUCUUGUGUUCCUUAUCCCUUUUAUGUGGGCUCCUGGCCCAGUUGCCUGUUACACAGUCUCUGCUUUGCUUUUGUGCAUUCUGAUAAGAUAGUUUAAAAACACAAAUGUUUACAAUGAAGUUCUUCCUUUUGAAAUUGAUGUCUUUUUCCCCCCUUUGGUUGGCUAUGCUCACUAAUGACUAAUUUUUCUAAACAAUAAUUAUUUCUUGCUAUUGGUGGGAUUAAAUUACUUGGUCAGGUGAUUGCCCGAUUUAAUUAUGUAUAUCAUUUUUAAAUAAAUUAACUCAAAUAAAGAUUUCUGGUUUUUCAGUC